UCUGGCGUGUUUAUAAGGCAAAGGGCGAUGGUUUGGAGCUGAAGUUGGGCGACAGACAGCGAGUCGAGAACCAUCGCGUCUUUCCGACUCAACGAUGAGGACACCGGGGAUUUUGAUCAUCGGACUGGUGCUUGCGCCCUGCGGAUGGAUCCUGAACCUGACCAGCACGGUUGCGCCCAACUGGCGCCAGCUCUAUAGCAUCGCCAGCCAGCCCUCCGACACGGUGAUCAACCAAGGCAUCUGGGACAUCUGUCAGAGCAGCAGCACAACCACUAAUGUAAUCUGCAACCUGCGAGGCAACGAUCCAGUAUAUUUUAAGAACCAGAUCAUUCCCAUCGCACAGGGCAUGAUGAUCGCGUCGUUGAUCGUGACUGCAAUCGGACUGGUUGUGCUCACGCCUGCUGUGCGCUGCUGGACCGACAGACCUCCGCGAUGGACCAUCGCUGGAAUCGGCGGCCUGCUCAUUUUCUGCUCAGGGGUGCUCACUAUCAUCCCUAUCGCGUGGUAUACGCAUAUCCUGACCAGCCUCAACACAACUACCACGUUUAUCAACCCGCAAAGCCCGGACAUCCGCGUGGGCUACUGCAUAGUUCUGGGUUACAUCGGUGGGAUCAUGGAAGUGCUUGGCGGUUUGAGCAUAUGCGUGGGCUUCUGUCGAUGCUGCGGAGGACGGAAUCGCGGAGAGAACCCGCAACCAGUGCGCGCGCCCCGGACCACCACUCGUGCGCCUAAUCCGAUCCCAUAUCCGCGCACCAACUUGCCGAGGAGCGUCACGCCCAGCAGCUCGAGCGUGCCGUAUUCCCGAGACUCUCUGGACGAAGACCUAGAUUACCCGAGAGCCAAAAAUCAGAAGAGAGGCACGGUUAAUCCUUCCUACAACGGAAGACCGUACGACGCGGAUUUGUGAUGCAGGACAUGCAGGACUUGAACUUUUGAACCCUCCUUUAUCGCUUCCAUCUGGAGCGCUCAUAGGCUAUUAGUCUGGUUUACUGGCGUAUCGGUCAUACCGAGCUAUACAUUUAAAGGUUUGAAUAAUUAUUUCAAAUCUUACCAAGCUUACGCGUCUGUAUUAACUAUAGGUAAAUGCAAGUAUGCAAGAUUUUAUAUAGAUUUUAUAGCCUGAGUCGACCUCUUUCAAAAUGCAAAUGCCACAGAGCUGUAAAAUGAUCUCACAAUGCAGAAGGGCAGUGUCACUGGAUUAUAGGAAGGAGUAUAAACUUCUACUAGUUUCAAUCUCAGAUCCAGUGUUUUCACUUGAAGUUUACCCAGGCUCUUGAAGAAAGAACCGCCUCAUGAAGGAUUAAACUGCAUUUACUGUGAAUAAAAAUCUGUAUUGUUUAUAAGAGCACCUCAAAUAUCACAUCACUAAAACAUUCUUCUCAAUACAGUGUAGCCUAUAAUCCAGAAUAUAUUAUCACUAUAUUAACACUAUUGCUGUGGGGAACUGUGAUUUUACUUCAUAUGUUUACUUUGUUUAUGUGCCUGAUUGAAUGGGAACAUCUGUCAGACUUGGCUCUGGGGUUUUUUUUGUUUUUUUUUUAAAUUAUAGAAAAGUUUGUUGAGAAAAUCUUUUACCUGUCAUGUGUUAGAGGUAAUCGGUCAUUUGUGUAAUAUACGAUGACACAGGUGAACACUUACGGUAGUAUUGCGACGCUUGAAGCUUUAACUGUGUAAAUAUUGUACUUUUUUUUUUUGUAUUUGGAACCUGAGCACUGUGGACUAAUAAACGAGUAUCAGUUAUUAAUUUAAA